AUGGGCAACUGGCGCACUUGCUGUCUGAAGCCCAGUGACAGCGACAGCGACAGCCUCAGUUCCAGCCCCAGCCCUAUCCCCAUACCCGGACCCAGACCCACCCCCGUUUCCAGCUCCGAGCUGGAUGGGGUUCCCCCAGGACCCAGACCUACCCCCUUACCCAGCUCCGAGCUGGAUGGGGUUCCCCCAGGUCCCAGACCCACCCCCUUACCCAACUCAGAGCUAGGUGGGGCUCCAGGUCCCAGACCCACCCCCGCACCCAGCUCUGAGCUGGAUGGGGGCUCCAGGCACGUUAAGUCAAAGUGUAAGUCUAAGGUUCAUGAAGAGGCUGCCGAGGACACAGGGACAGUAGAAACAGUGCCUGCUACCCCGAAGUCUAAGAGGUUGAAUUCCUUAGCCCUCAAGGGCUACCACCGGAAGAACAUCAGUGCCCCAGCGAUAGCCCAAGAACAAGACGAGAAGAACAAUGAUGAAUUUCCAGGGCACCUUACUAAGUGCUAUGGGUCUUGCCCCACGGUGUUUCUCUAUGAUGACACUAUGAGCCAGCCAAAUUUCAGCACCAUCAUCCAAGCCGUGUCUAUGGCCAUAUAUAACAACAUCAAGUACAGAGUUGGAAAUAAAACCACCGCUAUUUUCGAUGAGAGAAAGCACCCCUUCAGACAUGACGUAAUUACAAAGGACCACUUUCUGAAUGACCCUGACCUGAAGAUUGUCUACAGAUUUGUCCGUGCCCUUUUCAGUGCUGAACACCUCACCGCUGAAUGUGCGAUUGUGACCUUGAUUUACCUGGAAAGGGUUAGGCAGUAUGUAACUAUUGAUGUGUGUCCCACUAAUUGGAAAAGAAUGCUUUUGGGAGCUGCUACUGUUGCCUAUGAGCUGUGGGACAAACAGGCUCUGUGGGAUGUGCCCUACUGCCAGCUCAUCAAUAACAUCAUUACAGUCGAGGACAUGAAUGAGAUAGAAAUGCAUUUUUUAAGUUACAUUGACUAUGAUACUACUGUUCCUGCCAGUCUCUAUGCCAAAUAUUACUUUGACCUUCGAUACUUAGCCCAUGAAAACAACCCACUUGCUCUAGUUAAAAAUCUUUGCAAAGAAAGAGCACAGAGCACAGAGGCUAUUUCCAGAGGCAUUCAAAAAAAAGACCUGGGCAGAGCUGCUAUAGAAAGAUCUCUUAGCACUGACAAUGUUAUUGGCAUGCAAUGCACCAAAGCCAUGCUCUCUAAAGAAAAUGAGGGGUUGUAA